AUGRCCCCCCUGGCUCAGAYCCUGGCACUGCUGGCAAUGACCAYGGCCACUGUGGCCAUCAAGGUGGUGCCCAUGGACAUGGCCCCGMAYUCMUUCGAUGACCAGUACUGGGGCUGCCGUGACAAAAUGACYGCGGYGUURCCGGCCYUGMACCGMYCWGAGCUCCAGCAGAACUCUCUGUUCGCCCAGSCCGUGGAYRAGUGGCAGAAGCGCGGGUCCACUGSUCUGUCCCCAGCCCAAGCCUCCACUGCCGUGGUCUACUCCAUAGAUUACCUCUACUGGGAGUUGAAAGCGGCCGGACGCUCCCACCAGGAACACCAGGACAACUUCCACUUCAAAUCCUUGCUUUUCCUGCUGCCUGACGSCCUGGGCACACUGAGGAUCACCUGGGGACUGCAAUGUCACCACGUGUUCUGGGGGUUGCAUGGGGUUCGGUUUGAGGUAUGGCCCGGCCAGAGGGUCCGGUUAACUCACAUUGAUGUCACUGAGCAAAGAGAUCUACCAGAGAUUCGGGAUGGACACGAUGUUCAGGUGACCACCAGGCACGGCAUGGACAUACAGGAUUUCUCCUACAAUAAAAGCCACAAGGAGGUGCUGAUCCCACCCUUCAAGACCUUUGAGGUCACCGAGGUCACCCGGGAAGGGGACAAGGUGCGGAUUUUGCUCCGCUUCACUGGGAUGCACAGCAACUACAACUGCGAAUGGCUGCGAGGUGGGGGGCAUUGCCAAGGACCGUCCCYGGUCCCCCACCUCAGAGGGCUCCUCUUGGCCACUGCAACCCUGACAGUGGCCACCGGGACCCUCUGA